AUGGCUAAAGAAACUCCAUCUAAGCAAGCUGCUGCCGCUCUAUCUGAUUUAGAAAUCAAAGAUGCUUCUAAGAAUUUAUCUUCUACAUUAAACCCAGUUUCUGAAGAUCUUGAAGCUCAAGAAGCUGCUCUUAACAAGAGAUUAAGUGAAGCUGCUGAAAAACAUAAGCAAUACUUAUACUCUCACAGAAUUCAACGUCAUAAAUUGAAGGCCGAAGAAAAGGAAGAACCAUUAUUAACAUAUGAUAAUGAUAGACACACAUUAUUCCCAAUCAAGUAUCAUGAAAUCUGGCAAGCUUAUAAGAGAGCUGAAGCCUCUUUCUGGACUGCCGAAGAAAUUGAUCUUUCUAAGGAUUUACAUGAUUGGAAUAAUAGAAUGAAUGCAAAUGAAAGAUUUUUCAUUUCAAGAGUUUUGGCUUUCUUUGCUGCGUCUGAUGGUAUUGUUAAUGAAAAUUUAGUUGAAAAUUUCUCUGCUGAAGUUCAAAUUCCAGAAGCUAGAGCUUUCUAUGGGUUCCAAAUUAUGAUUGAAAAUAUUCAUUCUGAAACUUAUUCUUUAUUGAUUGAUACUUAUAUUAAGGAUCCAAAGGAAAGUGAAUUUUUAUUCAAUGCUAUUGAAACUAUUCCACAAAUUAAGGAAAAGGCUGAAUGGGCUUUAAGAUGGAUUAAUGAUUCUGAAUCUCCAUUUGGUGAAAGAUUGGUUGCCUUUGCUGCUAUUGAAGGUAUUUUCUUCUCUGGUUCCUUUGCUUCUAUUUUCUGGUUGAAGAAGAGAGGUUUGAUGCCAGGUUUAACUUUCUCUAAUGAAUUGAUUUGUAGAGAUGAAGGUUUACAUACUGAUUUUGCAUGUCUAUUAUUUGCUCAUUUGAAGCAUAAGAUUGAACCAAGUACUGUUGAAACCAUUAUUGUUCAAGCUGUUGAAAUUGAAAAGAGAUAUUUCUUGGAUGCUUUACCAGUUGCUUUAUUAGGUAUGAAUGCUGAUUUGAUGAACCAAUAUGUUGAAUUUGUUGCUGAUAGAUUAUUAGUUGCUUUUGGUAAUGAAAAAUACUACAAGGUUGAAAAUCCAUUUGAUUUCAUGGAAAAUAUUUCCUUAGCUGGUAAGACUAAUUUCUUUGAAAAGAGAGUUUCUGAUUAUCAAAAGGCUGGUGUUAUUGCUAAGGCUACUGAAACUGAAACUGGUGCCUUCGUCAUUUCUGAAGAUUUCUAA